ACAAAAACACAUGCCAAACAAGAAAUAAUUAAAAUUGUUAUAAAAAAAUCUAUAAAUAACUCAAAAUAAUAUUAUGGUCACAUAGCAAUAUAUUACGAAAUCAAUUAUACAAUAUACCUACCUACUGUUAUAUUAGAACCAUCCAUAAUCCUUUUAUAGACAUAAUUAGAAAUCACCAAGCAUGGCCACAUAUCAAUGCGCCUGCACUUGUCAGGCCGACUCCAAGCAAUCGCGUCAAACGGCCAACUUACCGCUCAUAUGCAUGGUUCCCCGCGACGGCCGCACUCCUGGCCAGAAAAGACCAGAGAAGCCAGAACGUUCCUCCCGACUUGCUUCCUCAGAUAGUUUCCACUUCCUGGAUGAGGCGACGAUCAAGAAACACUUCAAGCUCCCGCCCAGGGCUUUGUACCUGGAUCCGUUUAGGCGGCCAUUGAUAACCUUCCCCAUAAACGAAGACGAUAUACCUAACUUCAGCAUGGAUAGGAAAGCUAAAAUCAACCAGAUGAUCCUGGACGGUUUACUGCCCGCAAGCGCGGCUAUCUCGGCUCCUAGUGUGUUUCCCUACCCAACGAGUUCUGAGCUCAAGAAGAAGAAAGAAGAUGUUGAUGAAGAGUUGGUGUACAUUCUACAGCUGCCCGACUGGGAGACCCGCUGCCCCGUACACGGUGACGUCAUAAAGACACCUAGAUUUAUAUGGCAUUCUUGUAAGAAAGAAGAUAAGGAGAAAAAACUACAGUCGAACAUCGGUGGAGGACCUCUGAACAGACCAAAACCUUGGAUACUCAGCAGAAUAACAGACUUUGACUUACAGUCUCAAUGGUAAACUGAAAAAUUAAAGAAGAUCUAUGAAAAUUUAAAUUGUAUGAUCCUUAGUAAUGUACUUAUAAUAAAAACUAAAGCAUUAUACUUACGACUUAUACCUA